CCCAGUCAUUAUUUUGACAGCCCUUUCCUGAACCCUGUCCACGGUGGUUCGCUAUUUCUCCGCACAGCCGCCAAGCAGUGCACCCCCGUACUCGAGACACGGCCUAAUCGGCGCGGCCUUCGACGGGCAGCCCGGUUCUAGCGCUCACGGCGAGGAAACGCAGACGCUCGGAGGCCUUUUUUUUUUUUCCACGGCCUCCUCGGUGUGGACGUCCCCACCGGAGGGGACAUGAAAACGCCUUUUGCGGCACUGAAACCGAACAAGCAGCUGAAGGCAGAGCAAAGCAGGGUCGCGGGGAUGCUGGAGCCUAUCCCAGCAGCCACUGGGCGGCAGGCGGGGAGACACCCUGGACAGGCCGACUUCCUCAUACAAUACCACACCUUCUCUCUCAGCACCCUGUCUAAAUCCACAAAGACACAACGCAGUUCCUUCUGGCCAUAAAGCCAUGACAUGAAGUGCUUCUCGGCUGCUGGGCGUGAGUCACAAGUCUUCCCUGCAAGCCCUCUCAGAUGGAGGUAUGCGAGUCCAGGCAGGUUAACCAGCAGCAUCAACCCAGAUGAGGGCUGUUUCACUGAACAUGGAUGCCAACAUUGUUGUUAUGGGGACAGAAAGCGUUGGUAAAUCAGCAUUGACCGUGCGCCUCUUGACCCGAAGAUUUAUCGGAGAAUAUGGAGAUAUUGAAUCCAUCUACACUCAUAACUUUAUGGUUGACGGGAGGGAAGUCACCCUCAAUAUCUGGGAUUCUCCUUGUUCUGAGCACCUGUCCAUGGAGAUGUCGCUACUCGAGAAGAGAGUCCACUGGGCAGACGGCUUUGUUCUUGUUUACAGCAUCUGUGACAGGACCAGCUUCAACGGCGUCGCCAGGCUCAUUCAGACCAUUAAAUCCAUUAAAGACUACCUAAACUCGGACAAGGUGCCCAUCGUGAUCGUGGGUAACAAGAGAGAUCUGCGUCACAGGCGGACGGUCCUGAGUGAGGAAGGCAGGCUGCUGGCCCUCAGCACAGACUGCCACUUCUAUGAGGUGUCGGCAGCUGAGAACUACCACAGCACGCUUAUGGUGUUUCACGGGCUGGUGGAGAGGAUGAGAGACACCAAGUGCACCCCAAAGAGACCACUAGGAUUCAAGGGCAUAGUUAAAAGCAUGUCUGCAGUGUUUACCAGAAGACUGACAGACUCCUUAGGAUAAGAACAUGAUAUGAGAGGGAAAAGCGAAAUGGUCAAUCGGUCCACUAACUGGAUCUGCAACACUUUAUACUUCCCCUCCCGAAGGACCUCAGGGCCUGUCGUUAAACUGAGAUGGGAGAUGUGCCAGAGGAAGCAAACAGUGAAGUGGCUUUGAUGCUUGGUGGUUGCUUUAAAUUUUGAACCAAAGACAAAGAAAGCCUGGGGGCUCACUGAGAUCAGAAAGCCCCAGGAUUUUACAGAGACAAUAGACGUAUUGUGAUUAAUUAAUAAUCAAUUGUUGAAACUAAACAAAUCACUGCUUGCACUACAAACGAUCCUACGUCGAUGCAAUUUAAUUAAAAAUCGCAAGUAGCCUCCUGAGAAGCAAAAAUGAACAUGCGAUUCAAAAUAUACUGGCGUUGAAAACUAGGUAUGCAUGGUAAUGUUUUCAUUUUUGAUGAGAGGAUUUGGUGGACUGCGAGCUAAUUUCAUUUUCUGCCUUAUUUUAUGCAAUUUUACAAGAUGUUGUUCUUACGGGACGGUGUUUCAUUGUACGUACACAAGCUUGAUAUGCCUUUAUUUCAGGUUUGCUGACCAAAGACAUUAUGUGAAAACUGUCAAAAGCUUUGCAACUUGAAAAUUAAA